GCUUUUACUUCAUAACACCAAAAAACCUACUCAGGAGAUGCACCUGACAAUUCCAGCACUCCUCGUGCUGUGUAGCGUCCUCCUAGCGGCAUUUUCACCUCAGCAGGUGAAUGCUGAAAAUAAUGGAGCCCUCCGAGCACUGAGAAAUAAACGUAUGGUAUCGGGAGGGGGAGUUGCUAUUGCGGGGGAAACAGAGCUAAAUCCACCCCCACCCCCAGGGGUAACAACAACCAAAGCACCACCAAGACCUGGAAAGAAAGACAAGAAACAGAAAAAAACCAAAAAACCAAAGCAGGACAAGAAGCCUAGAAAAGACAAAAAACAAAAGAAAGACAAGAAACCCAAAAAGGACAAGAAACCCAAAAAGGACAAGAAACCCAAACGGGGCAAACAGGGGAAACGGGGGAGAAAGGACAAAAAAGGAAAUAAGGGUGGCAAACCGUGAAGUUGACAUUUAAUAUUCUGAACCAUGGUAUAGCAGCAAACGUUGAGUGUUUAACAACUGUUUUGAUUUAUAGUACCUUUUUAUGUUUCUGUAUUUAUUUAAUAACAUGAUUGUUUUCUACCGUAAUCAGUACUUGUGGAAAACUGUCUUUCGUUCAUAGCUGAGUUUUAGGUUUUAAUCCACCAUCAAUCGAACAGUAAUGUAAAAUGUAAAAUGGUUCAUAGAUAAAAAUUGAAAGAUCAUUUUUAAGAAUUAUUAUCAUUUUAUAAAAAAAAUCAACUGUUAAAGAAUUCAAUCAGAGAUCAAUUGUUAAGACAAAUUAUGUUUUGUUUUUAUAAUAACCAAACAAUCCUGCUCUAAUAACAAUGCAACAAAAUAAAGAUUAAAAAAUUGA